UAGAGUGGGAGAACGGUGCGUGCGUGCGGUGAAAUUUUUUUGCUGGUGAUAAAAAAUAUCAAACCGAAAUAAACAUCUAUCGCCGCUCGAAUUGCGUGGAAAAGUUAUUCAGCGUUAUUCACUUAAAGCGUUAAAAGAGUAACAUUCGAAAUGGCUCAAGAAGGUCAAGAUAUACCAACUUUUAAGUGCGUGCUGGUAGGAGAUGGCGGUACUGGCAAGACCACGUUCGUCAAACGCCAUAUGACUGGCGAGUUUGAAAAGAAGUAUGUGGCCACAUUGGGCGUGGAAGUCCAUCCUUUGAUCUUCCACACCAAUCGUGGUGCCAUCCGUUUCAACGUGUGGGAUACAGCCGGACAGGAGAAAUUCGGCGGUCUGCGUGAUGGCUACUAUAUUCAAGGACAGUGCGCCGUCGUUAUGUUCGAUGUGACCUCCCGUGUUACAUACAAGAAUGUACCCAACUGGCACAGAGAUUUGGUGCGUGUCUGCGAGAACAUUCCAAUAGUUCUCUGCGGCAACAAGGUGGACAUCAAGGACCGCAAAGUCAAGGCCAAAAGCAUUGUCUUUCAUCGUAAAAAGAACCUCCAGUAUUACGACAUUUCGGCCAAGUCAAACUACAAUUUCGAAAAACCAUUCCUCUGGCUGGCACGCAAAUUGGUUGGUGAUCCCAACCUAGAGUUCGUUGCCAUGCCGGCACUGCUGCCGCCAGAGGUGAAAAUGGACAAGGACUGGCAGCUGCAGAUCGAGCGUGACUUGCAGGAGGCCCAGGCGACCGCCUUGCCCGAUGAGGAUGAGGAUCUUUAAGCGAGAGGCGUAUUUAAAAUAGUUAACUGAGAGACGGCCGACCUACACACACACACAAAAUGAACACAUACCAACCGCAGCAACAACCACAACCACUAUCACACACACACAGCCUACACACAACACACAAAAGACGGCUGGAGUGCCAGGAAAAACGUAACCAGCGGCUCUACCCAGUGAUGCAUCCACAACAGUUUUGGCAGCAGCGGCAACGAAACAACAACACCAACUCAACCAGGAUCCAGAACACAGGAUCAGCAGCAGCACCUCCAACAGCAGCACCUCCAACAGCAACACCUCCAACAGCAGCACCUCCAACAGCAGCACCUCCAACAUACACAACACAACAGCAGCAGCACAGCCGCCAAUCGGUUGGAGACGCCACUUUUUUCGUGGAGCACAAAAGCCGUGCAGUCUUCGCAACACCACCAGCUACACUGUCCCUUCCCGUUUUCCAAUUAGUCGCUCCAUAAAAAUAAGUGAACUUUUUUUUUUUAUGAUUAAAUAUUGUUUUGCCUUGGAGCUAGUAACUGAAAGCACACAAAAACAGAAGAAAACACGAAGCAUAAAAAAGAAGUUGUCAACAAAAAUAAAGAAAUACGAAUUUUUGAUUAUGUGUGUCUGUCUGUGUACCACUACUACUACCACCACUCCAAUGCUAUAAUACUAUCUAAUAAUAUCAUUUCGAAAACAACAGCCCAAAAAAACAAAAAACAUUCAAGGUAUAGUCGUCUUCUAUAUCAAUGUAAAUGACGGACAAACAGAAAGAAACUAAGAGAAAAGAGAAGGAAGAAAGGCGAGAGGCGCACCCGCAUCCGCAUGGAAACGAGCGAGAGAGCAGAGCAACGCCGUAGUUGUAGUAGUAGUAGUAGACCGUAGACCGUAGAUGUCGGCGUAGGCGCUGGGAAAAGAACUGAGUCGAAAUGAAAGAGAGAAGAGAGCCAGAGUCGCCAGCUUAAUCCUCUCCAAAUGUUAUUAAUCUAAGAAACUAUGAAAAAUAAAACACAAAAAACCUUCAAACAACAAACAAACAAAAAGAAAAAGUUGAAAAACAAACGUUUUGGUAUUGUAUGGAAAAAGAUGAGUAAAUAAAGGAAGAGCAACGCCACAA